AUGGAUACGGCUCUCGAAACGUCGGUCGCCGUGGAGCAGCUGCCUCCCCCGAUCACCCUGAGUACCGACUCCGCCUCUCUCCAGGUCGCCGGAGAGCCAGCCGUCACCAUCGAUGUGACCCAUGCCGAUAUCCCAGAGCCUCCCACAAAUAACGACCAGUCCAACGACCCGUCGGAAGCCGAUCAAUCACAGUCACAGGAUCCUACCGACGCCUCCCAACCCGCUCGUCCGCCGCCCCCUGAGGAACAUGCCUACUGGGCAGAGUUCGAGGAAGACACUUCCCUUCCCAAUGAGGAUGAGAUGAAGGAAAUUGAGUCGGCAGCGGAUGGGGACUACAGUGCUUACGAAUAUGAUUACUGGGAGAAGAACUUCCACCCGGAACUAGAUGACCCCGAAUACCACCCGACGGAGAAGGCGCGCCUCACGUGGAAGAUCAAAGGCGUUCGGGGCACAAAGGAGUCGCCAAACUAUGCCAAAAUCAUACGGUCUCCGCCGGCGUACGUUGGGGGUUACUGGUGGACUGUUAAGUUCUUCCCUCGCGGCAACAAUGUCAAUUCGCUGAGCAUUUACCUUGAAUGCUCCCCCACAAUGCCGUCUCCGGAUAAGACUCACCCAGAGACCGACUUCGCCGUAGUACAGGGUCCUGCCGACAGUGAUAUCAAGAACACUGCCCCGGCUCUGAAUGUCAAGUAUCCUCGGUUGGAGGACUCCACCGCGUGGCUCGAGCACUACAAGUCACAAUACCCGCCAGCUACCGAUCAGAAAGACCCCCCUACAGACACAUGGCGAGUCUCCGCCCAGAUCGGAGUUAUUCUAUACAAUCCGGAGGAGCCACGUACCGGAUGGAUGCAGUCCUCCUGCCACCAGUUCAACCCGCAUAAUCUGGACUGGGGCUGGACCAACUUCCACGCCCCGUGGGACCAGAUUCAUCGCCGCCAGCCGGGUCAGCGCCAGGCAUUGCUUCGCAAUGACACGCUUGCUUUCGAUGCUUACAUCCGUAUUUUUGAUGACCCGACCCGGUCGCUGUGGUGGCAUUCCAGUGACUCCGAGCCUACUUGGGACAGCUUGAGUCUCACCGGGUAUCGCCCUCUCGGUGACUCGGUGAUCAACCACAGCGCCGAGGUCGCCGGUCUGGCAACUUGGCUGCACAUUGCUCCUUUCUGCAAGAUCAUUCAGAAAGUCAACGUCCUGGAGCAUCUAACCAAUUGCGACGUCAAACCAAAGCCACUGUGUGAUGCGUUGCAAAAGUUCCUGUGGCAUCUGCGCUCGCGAGGCAAGUCCCUGCAGUACGUCGACACCGACACCAUCACGUCCACCCUUCGCAAUCUGCACGAGUAUUCGGGUGAUGUUUGUGAGUUCUGGGAGCGCUUGCGGCGUACCCUUGAGUUGGAGCUCGCAGGUACCGACGCCGGUAAAGAACUCGCUGCCAUCUUUGAUAGUCCGACUCCGGAGCCGCUUCCCGCGAAUACAGACGGAGAAAGUGUGAUCAACACCAUUCCCAAGGACUUUAACUCUCGCAUCUGUGUGCCUGCCGACCAGGCUGGCACGAUGCACGAAGCCCUCGAUUGGUACUUGGGUCAGAAGGCGGGCCGCUGGUCGCUGCCGCCGAUUCUCCACGUGGAGCUGGGCCGUCAAAGACUCGACAAGGCGGCACGCCAAUGGCGCCUGCUUUACAACCGGGUUGAACUCGAUGAGGAGCUUGAUUUGUCGCCGCGGGUCGUGGACGGCCAAAAUGGAAAAUACGUCCUCUACGGUUAUAUUGUCCACCGUGGUCGACGAACCUCGGGCAAAUUCUUUAGCAUCCUUCGUCCGGGAGGACCGGGCUCCAAGUGGCUGGCUUUUGAUGAUGGCAGUGACAAUCGUGUAGAAUGCUUGACCCGCAAGACCGCCCUGGGACCUCAUAUCGGUCUUGAUUCGUCUCAGAAGGUGGACCAUAAAACGGGACAUGACGUCGCAAUCGCCGGUAUGUAUAUCCGCAGCGAUGUGGUGCAUGACUAUCUCCCCGGGCCUCAAGGACCUUGGGAUGUCGAUGAUGCUUUGAAAGGCUACUACGAGAGUGGAAUGUAUCCUUUGUGCCUUUCUCCCGAUGACAAGCCCUCUGCAGACAUACAGGUUGAGGUUUAUUCAGUGCCACAGUAUGAUAAGUUGGACAGUCUCUUUGACACCUACGACCUGAUGUCGCAAGCGAAGGCUGCCAACAACGUCAUGUAUCUCACCGUUCCUCGCUCAACGAACCUCAUGGAUCUCCGAAAGAAAAUUGCCCUGUGGGCAUCUGCAGGUGCCGACAACGCUACUAGUCCGGAGCAUGUCCGUCUGUGGCAGAUUGGUCACACCCUUGAUCGGUUUGGACCGACCCUCGCCUUUUCCCGGGUGUCGGACCUGAAGGCAACCCUCGAACUUCCCUUGAAAAUUGCUCGUUUCUGGAUGCAAAUCGUCUCAGAAGUGGAUGCGAAAUACUUUGCCAUGAAGGAUCCGCAAGAUGCUGUCACGACCGAGAGCAACAAGCCCGAGGAGGCUAUCCUCGAGCGUGACGACUCGGAUUCCUCGGAUGAUCGGUCUCCAACGCGCGAAAUAGACGCUGCUCAAGCCAGCUCCUCUGGAACUACCCCCGGAGGCGACUUCGGCGACGACACUUCCACCGCUCCCGUAGCCGUCGAGGUGUCAACGCCUGAAGUCCCCUCUGAGGGCCAAGUUCAGGCUCCCAUCAGUGGUCCAGAGCUCGAUCUAAGCAGGACCACUAAUGGCGAGACGGGUACGGAGAACGCAGACGAUGCCGUAAUUGCAGCCAUCAUCGCAGACGACGUUCAACAGAUGGAUAUCGAGGAACCUUCUAAUCCCGAGCCCGCAUCGGAGCAGGCUCCAGAGGCAGAUCCAGAGGCAGCUCCAGCUGAGCCCGAGCCCGAGCCGAGCCCGGCUGCUGCCUCAUCCGUGGUCCCAACAGCGCCGGAGACCACAAUGCCGGUGGAAGAGCCGGAGAUUACGCUCCCGGUGGAUCAUGUGUACUACUUCAUUCAGAUAUUCGAUGUCGAUACACAGUCCCUACGAAGCGCAGGCUCCUUCUUUUCCCAGAAGGAGGACAAGAUUAAAGCUGCGGUGCGAAAGCAUCUACAAUGGCCAGCUAAGAAGGACUUUUUGAUCUGGCAGCGUCUUGAUGGGACCACAGUCACCACCAUGUCUUCAGCGGACACAUUCGAGGGCUUUGUACCUGAUGGUACCUGCUUCAUCGUUGGCGACCGCCUCACUAAGGAUAGACGCGCGGAACUCAACGUGGCUGGCCUCUUUGCCAAUCCCGAUCAACUGGUUCGCUACCUAUGGGCCUCCGCUCGCAACCACCCAACCAAGGCCUUCACAGGAACCAAGACAAUCAAUGCUACCUUCACCAGCGAGUACUACAGCGGUGACUUCAAGAACGGCUAUUUCCACGGCAAAGGCACGCACAUCUCCGACUCCGCCGCCACCUACUCUGGCGACCACGUGUUCGGCAAACGUCACGGCAAGGGCUGCAUGGAAUACCCAACCGGCGACACCUACGAUGGUGACUGGUUCGAGAACCAGUGCCACGGACAAGGCUCUUUCGUUGAGAAGAAGACCGGCAACAAAUAUGUCGGCGGCUACAAGGAUGGCAAGCGCCACGGCAAAGGCAUCAGCUACUGGGAGGUCGCCGACGAGGAAAUGGACCUUUGCCAGAUCUGCUACAGCGAGGAGCAAGAUGCCUUGUUCUACGAUUGCGGACACGUCUGUGCGUGCGUCACCUGCGCUCGUCAGGUCGAUAUCUGUCCCAUCUGUCGGAAGAAUAUCAUCAGCGUGGUUAAGAUCUACCGCACAUAA